AUGGUUCCCAAUACAAUCACCUCAUCACACGCCGAAUCCGAAGCCUCUCAGUCUUCUCUCUAUGCUUUUGAGUUGAUUGUGGAGAGACUGGGUGGUAAAGUGAGGGCUGGUCAGAAGCAGGAGUAUGGGAUGAUGGAAAUUGAGGUUGAGAAAGCUUGUGGGUUGUUUGGGAACAAAGAGGUUGGUGAUAGGCAGGUUGUGUGGAUGAGUCAUGAUGAUGAAGCUGUGAAGUUGCCUGAUGGGUUUGAAGUGGUGGCUAGGAGUCAUCAGGGUUCAGUGGCCGGGGUAGAGAAUCGGGCAAGAAGGUUUUAUGGGCUUCAGUAUCAUCCCGAGGUUACACAUUCACCAGAUGGAAUGGAAACACUGCAGCAUUUCCUGUUUGAUAUUUGUGAGUCGUUGCUGACUGGAAGAUGGAAGAUGGAAGAUGUACCAGAUGAAGAAAUAAAAGUUAUCCGAGGCAUGUUGGGGCCUGAAGAUCAUGUCAUUUAUGCACUGUCCGGGGGUGUGGAUUCCACUGUUGCAGCCACUGCUGUUCACAAAGCAAUUGGAGACAGGCUUCACUGUGUUUUUGUUGAUAAUGGUUUAUUGAGGUAUAAAGAGAGAGAGCGGGUAAUGGAAACUUUUGAAAGGGAACUUCAUUUACCUGUAACUUGCAUUGAUGCUACACAGCAAUUCCUUGGCAAGCUGAAAGGUGUGGUUGAUCCAGAGAUGAAGAGAAAAAUAAUUGGAAAGGAGUUCAUCGCUAUUUUUGAUGCUUUUGCCCAAGAUUUGGAGCAAACAAUGGGUAAGAGACCUGCUUAUUUAGUACAAGGAACAUUGUACCUGGAUGUGAUUGAAUCUUGCCCACCAUCUGGAAGUGGAAGAACCCACUCCCACACGAUCAAGAGUCAUCAUAAUGUUGGAGGCAAAGUUGUUAGUAUCGUUCGUGCAUUGGGAAAGAUAUUAGACAUUCCAGGGGCAUUUCUAAAGCGUCACCCCUUCCCUGGGCCUGGUCUUGCUGUACGGGUUUUGGGUGAUGUGACUGAAGGGAAUGCCUUGGAUAUCCUCCGCCAGGUGGGUGAGAUCUUCAUUCAAUCAAUCAAAGAUGCUGGGAUUUAUGAUUCUAUAUGGCAAGCUUUUGCUGUGUUUUUGCCAAUAAGAUCAGUCGGGGUUCAAGGAGAUCAAAGAACUCAUUCUCAUGUUGUCGCUUUAAGAGCUGUUACAAGUCAAGAUGGAAUGCCCGCAGACUGGUACAAUUUUGAACACAAGUUCCUCGAUGAUGUGGUAAGAAAGAUUUGUAACAGCGUCCGUGGUGUAAACCGUGUCGUUCAAGACAUUACAUCGAAGCCUCCAUCAACAAUUGAGUGGGAAUGAUUCCUUCUUGAAUACCUAUAGCUUAGCCAAAAUGAGUAAGGUUUCUUAUGGCUUUAUACGAAUAUAGGGCGAGCUUCUAUAGUGUCAUUCCUAGAGGUUGCAGGGCAAUGAGUACUUCUAAUUUACAAUGUCUAGGGUCAGUGCUCAAAGCAAAAUCUUUGGUUCUGACCAUGCAUUGCAUGUAAAUGCUUUGACCUAUUUAUGGAAAAUUUGAUUAUAAAAUGCCAUUCUUCAUUCAAG